GGGUUGUACGCGUUCUUUUACCCGGAAGAAUGAACGCGAUCGGUACCUACGAAGUGCGGACGCGACUGCUGUAUACGUCGAGAAUCGGGACAGUGUUUUUGCUUUUAAUCGACGCAAGUAUAUGGCUGCAGCGUCCAGAUAUUGUGGAUUUCCAUAAUCGCGUUCAACCCAUUCCGGGCCCGUUUGUGCAAGACAUCUACGAUUUUGUGAUUGUUGGUGCAGGUUCCGCCGGUGCAGUGAUGGCAGCAAGACUGUCCGAGAUCUGUCACUGGAAUGUGCUGUUGCUUGAGGCUGGUACGGACGAAACGUAUCUCACCGAGGUACCAUUUCUGUAUCCGACACUGCAGACAUCGCGCGUUGAUUGGAAGUUUCGAACCGAACCGUCCGAUCGGUUUUGUCUCGCUAUGGAAGACCAUCGAUGUCGAUGGCCGCGUGGAAAAGCGCUCGGUGGCAGCUCAACCAUCAACGCAAUGCUGUACGUGCGCGGUAACCCGAGAGACUUCGAUGGCUGGCGUGACCAAGGCAACCCGGGCUGGAGCUACAACGAUAUGCUGCCGUACUUCCUGAAGCUGGAAGAUAUGCGCGAUCCACAGUAUGCGAACCUUUCCUAUCAUGGUCAGGGUGGCCCGAUCAGUGUGGAAAGGUACGGUUACCACACACCGUUACGCAAUCAUCUGCUUGCCGGGAUAAAGGAAAUGGGUCUUGCAAAUCGUUACGGUGAAGUGAACGGACCUGUUCAGAGUGGUUUUGCCGUUCCCCAUGGAUCUAUCCGGAACGGGUUACGAUGUAGCACGGCUAAAGGAUAUCUAAGACCAGCAGCAAUACGUAAAAAUUUGCACAUAUCCACCAAGACGAUGGUGGAACGAAUUUUGAUCGAUCCCACUGAUCGACGGGCAUACGGAGUGCAGUUCGAGAAAGAAGGCAGACGGUACUAUGUGAUGGUCGCAAAGGAAGUGAUUCUAUCAGCCGGUGCCCUCAAUAGUCCCCAUCUGCUGAUGCUUUCCGGGAUAGGACCUCGAGAACAGCUGGAACGUCAUGGCAUUCCAGUAAUCCAAGAUUUGCCCGGUGUUGGAAGAAACUUGCAGGAUCAUGUAGCAACUGGAGCUGGUGGCUACACGGUAAAACAACCUCCGGGCAGUGGACCAUUAGCGUACGAUUUUGCCGAUGCAGUAGGCGUGGAAACGUUACGACGAUUUCUGUUCAAUAAUGACGGCAUACUUUACGGUAUGUCCCUGUGUGAGGUGAUGGGAUUCUUGAACACCAAAUAUCAAGAUCCGGCACUGGAUUGGCCCGACAUUGAACUAUUUCUCGCUAGCCUGUCCGAUCUAACGGACGGUGGUCGAUUCGGUAAGCGUGGUUCAGGAAUGAGCCAUCAGUACUAUGCACAGGUAUACGAGAACCAGGUGUACCAAAACUCGUACAUGGUUAUACCGAUGUUAUCCCGCCCACUAAGCAGUGGGUGGUUAGAACUGGCAAGUGGAGAUCCACACCAACGCAUUCGUAUUUAUCCCAACUAUUUUCAAGAUCCCAAGGAUAUGAUGGUUUUGAUCGAAGGCUUAAAGUUUGCUGAGGCCCUUGCCAAUACAUCCGCAAUGCGUAAAAUCAACGCCACCUUGAUCAACUACUCCCAGUCUCCCUGUCGACUGGAUAAGUUUCCCAACAAAGAUGACUUCUACGCCUGCUUAGUGCGGCACUAUACGCAAACAAUUUAUCAUCCGUGUGGUACGGCUAAAAUGGGACCGGUCACCGAUCCGAUGGCGGUUGUCGAUCGUUUUCUGCGCGUUCACCACAUCGGUGGACUACGAGUCGUCGAUGCGAGUAUCUUUCCCGUGAUUACCACCGGAAACACGAACGUACCAACCAUUGCAACUGGCGAGAAGGCGGCUGAUCUAGUUAAGGCAGCGUACGCGGCAGAUUUAAGGGCACACGCGGAUUCGCUUCGAGAGUGUAAAACACUCUUCUUUGACUAUUCUGCUAAAGCAAUGGAAAAAAGCUAG